AGGCUUAUAACAGUGGCGACAUCUUGCAACCUCGCUCAAUUCGUACAUUAAAAGAAACAACAUAAAAAACAGCAUAUGUUUACAGCAGGGGCACAGAAUCAAAGAAGUCUUUUAAUUUUCUGUAAGACGUUGAAACGCGGCUCGUCCGUCUGUUGAUUCCUCUCUUUAAAAAAUGUCUCGACACAAAUUCAGGAUCAAAAGCUAAAGAUCACGAGCUAAGUGGUUCCAACUUGUUAGACCGAGUUGUCAACGUCUUCGUCUCGAAAUCUUCCUUCUUUCGAAUGAAAUGAAUAUUCCCCCUUUUAUAAGAAGGACACCCCCACCUAUUGACGAUGACGAAGAAGACGACUGUGAUGAUUUUGGAAGCUUUGUCCAUGACACGAUAGAUGAUGAAAAUGGAGGGAGUGACAUAAAUACGCCAAUUGAAAGAGGACUCUCUUCGAUUAAUAAUAUAUUACAUUCCAACUCCAACGACGAAAACAUUUCUGGAAAAAUAAACAAAAUCAAUUCUCAUCCUAUAGAAAAUUCAAUUAAUGAAAAGAAAGAGACUGCAAAGGAUUUUGAAUUAAAUGAUUUUCAGCUCCCAUUGAAUGUAGACGCUAGCUUUGAAGAAUUAGAAUUUGUGGCGUACAAUAACGGGGACCCAGAAUUUAAAUGUGAUUUUAAUUGUGAUUCUGGAGUUAUAAAUGACUCCAUUUCUGAAAGUGUAUGCAUUGAUAAUGUAAACGACGAUGAGAUCAAACAGUCGGAUAUUCAAGAAAAUACCAAAAGUCAUGACAUCGUGUCGUUAAACGAUAGUAUUCAAAAUGCCAAUGAAACUAGUUCUAUUUGUACAGGUUACGAAUUAGAUUCUGAAUGUGAUACUAGUGAAAUUGCUGACAAACCCUUCUCUACGACAGAUUUGAGUUCGACAAAUGAAGAAGUCGGGAGGACAGUUGAAUGUUCAAGUGAAAAUAAUGUAACAGUAUGUAAUAAAGAUAUUCACAUUGAUAAAAAUGAUGGAAACGAUUUUGACGGUGAUAGUGAUGACUUUGAUGAUUUUGCUGAUUUUCAAUCGAGUUCAGUUCCAGAACCAGUUGCAACAACUUCAUCAUACAAGGAACCAACUGUUGACCUUUUUGAAAAUGCAUGGCCUCAAGAUGUACCUUGUGAAGAUGUCGAUUUAUCACAGUAUUUUGAUACGGAAAUUAUAACGGACAAUAGAAUUUGGCAAAAGCUUCAAUAUUUAGAAGAUACGCCAGCGUUGAAAUACACAUGGCCGGCUUCGACUUCUAACCACAAAAUGCUAAGUGCGUUGAAAAUUGAUUCAAGGAAUAUAUUAUGUGGUCCUUGGAGUAAAGCACAUAGAAGUUUAGCAAGCGAAGGGAGGAAUUUUGAAGGACUGGUACCAUGUGAAUUUGGCAAGCCUAGUUGUUCUGCUGAAUUAGUAUCAAAGGCAUCAGUUCCUGAAGCUCAUUUUGAUUGGGAAGGAAGUGGAUUAACUAACCCAUUAUUCGUGGCUACAAAAGAAGAAAACUUUUUGGAGUAUGAUCUUAACAAUUUAUUAAUAAAAAGAAUUAGUUCCGAGGCAGAAGAGAUUUUACAAAACCUUCCAAACUUGUCGUUUAUUAAGAAACCUUAUAUUGUUUUCAAUAGAAGUGCAAAUUGAGUUUGAAAAAACUAAACUGGUUGUAAAUAAACAAAUAGUUAUUGUAAUGGUUAAAGACAUCAUGCAUGGUGAAUUGGUCUUUAAAUAUUUGUUGAUAUUUUCCAGUUUGUGUAAACGAUGCUUUGAUCCUAUUGCAAGAAUGUUUGAACAAUUAUUUUAAUUAAUUCACCUGCUAAUUUUGGUUUAUUUUAAAAUUUAACUUUUUUCCGCUUAUGAACUACUUUCCAGCUUGUUUAAAUUUAAAUCUUUUAAUUUUUGUAUAAUAAUCUUAUAAAACUGUUAAAUUCUAAUUUUAAUCAGUUACAAGAUUUGUUGUAUUAUUUUUGUAGAAUCAAGAUGUAAGUUAUUUAUUUUGUAGUCAAUAGAAAAUAGAUUUUAAAUCAUUUUUAUUUAUUUUUCAAUAAUCGUUGUUUAAUGUACUUAAAGUAAUCUUGAAAAGCACUUAAGAUUGCUAAAAUAAUGUCGGAUGUGGAAAUGUUUUAAAUGUAAAGACACAACGCCUAUGCUGAUGUCUGUUGUUGAACAAUAAAAUAUAACCAAUUUAUAAUUGUU